CUGCAAUAAAGACUAGAGAGGUCCAAUGCGCAGUCCUCAAAUCCUCAAUCACAAAGGCGAGAAGGGAGCGAUGAUACUGUAAUAAUAUGCCAUUAAUCGAAUCUUGGCCUCAUCCUCAUUGAUAUUUGAAAUGGAAGACUCUUCGAUGGAUUCUGAUCUUCCAAGGAGGCAUCUGUUGGAAGCCGCUUCGAAGAAGUGGCGCAAGGAACGCUUCCGUCGUACCCGAAAAUACGAAAGCCGAUUUAGCGAAACUGAGGAGUGGCGUACAACCUUCUCCCUUGUCAAAACGCACCGCCGGCGCUUCCGUCAUGAAUCUGUCUUCGAAAAGCAAACUAAUAUCCUCGAAAAGCAAUCUAAUGUCAUCGAAAAGGGAUCUACUCUAGCAGACAGAUUAAUCAAUAUCAAGGAUUGGCGUACAUCCGUGUCACUCAUCAAAACGCAAGCCCGACGCUUCCGUCAUGUAUCUGACUUAGAAAAGCGAUCUACUCAUGUAGACCGAUUAAGCAAAACCAAGGAAAACCUGAAAGUAACCUUUUUAACCAUUAGGGCAGCAAUGCGCUAUAUGGAUGCACAACAAUUAUCCUUGAAUCCUAAGUCAACUGCGAAUCCGUUUGAUUUCAUAAAAAAUCCAGAUAAACUUGCAUCCAUGGUUCAUGAUUCAUCUAUACCUCAGCAAUCAUCCUUGAAUCCUAUGUCAACUGCCAAUCCCUCUGAUUUCAUGUUAAAUCCAGAUAAACUUGCAUCCAUAGUUCAUAAUUAUGACAUAAAGACCUUGCAAACCCUUGGAGGAGUUGAUGCAAUUGCAGAAAUUGUAGAUGUCUGGAUGCAUGAAGGAGUCGAAUCAAGUGAUUUAUCUAGCAGACAAGAUAUAUAUGGCAUCAACAAGUACAGCGAGAAGCCUUCCAAGAGUUUCUUAAUGUUUGUAUGGGAGGCCAUUCAUGAUCCAACUCUUAUUAUCCUUAUAGUAUGUUCCGUUGUCUUAAUAGGUAUGGGACUUGCAACCAAAGGCUGGCUAGAUGGGCUGGGAAUUCUCCUGAGUAUUUUAUUAGUCGUCACCAUUACGGCUGUGAGUGACUACUACAUUCAAUCCUUGCAAUUUAAGGAUGAUAACAAGAAGAAGAAAAAGAUUUCUUUUCAGGUCACUAGAGACGGAUGUACACAAAAAGUAACCGAUUAUGAGUUGGUGGUUGGAGAUGUUGUCCAUUUAUUCAUUGGUGACCAAGUUCCAGCCGACGGGAUAUUCAUAUCAGGAUUCAACUUUUUGAUCGAUGAGUCCAGCUUGACAGGUGAGAGUGAUCCUGUCCACAUCAGCGAGAAGAAGCCUUUUCUAUUUGCAGGAACUAUAGUGCAGGAUGGCUCGGCUACAAUGCUUGUCACAGCCGUGGGUGUGAAAACCGAAUGGGGAAAAUUGAUGGAAACAUUAAAUAAAGGAGAAGACAAGAUUACUCGUGUGUUGCAAGUCAAGGUGAAAGAUGUUGCCACAAUCAUUGAAAAAAUUGGAUGGGUGUUUUCCGUGUUGACUUUUUUUGUGUUGACUGUGAGAUUUCUUGUCGAAAAAGCAAUGCAAAAUGAGUUCUCAAGUUGGUCGUGUGAUGAUGCUAUGUCUAUGUUAGGUCACUUCACCACUGCAGUUACUAUUAUUGUUGCUACUGUGACGAAAGGAAUACCUCUGGCGCUUACACUGAGCCUUGCCUUUGCAAUGAACAAGUUAAGGAACGACAAUGCACGUGUAACAAAUCCAUCUGCUUGUGAGGCUAUGUGUUUUUGUACUUGCAUAUGCACGGAUAAGACCAGGACUUUAACAACAAAUCGUAUGUUUGUUGAUAAAAUAUUCUUAUCUGGUGAAACAAAAGAAGCUAGAGACAAUGGAGGUCGAGUUUUAUCUUUGGGAUUGUCAGACAGUGUGUCGGCCGUGCUCCUGCAAGGUAUAUUUAAAUGUACGGGUUCCGAGGUGUUUGAUGACGAAAACGGUAAAACUUCUAUUUUGGGUACCCCGACAGAAACCGCAAUAUUACAAUACGGGUUAGAUCUCGGUGGUGAUUUCAAUGCCAUUGAUAGUGAUAUUAGGAUGCUGAAAAUAAAUUCUUUCAAUUCCACCCAGAAGAAAAUGUCGGUGAUUGUUUCUCUUCCUAGUGUUCGGACACGUGCGUUUUGCAAAGGUGCACCGGAAGUAGUGUUAGGAUUAUGCGACAAGAUGAUCGAUGUUGGUGGAGAGAUUGUUCCCAUGUCUGAAGAGAAUAUAAACUUUAUCACGGAUGUUGUUGAUGAAUUCGUAGCCGAUGGUUUGAGAACUCUUUGUUUGGCUUAUUUGGAUGUGGAAGGCAGCUUUGGUUGUAAUGAUGACAUACCUGAGGGUGGCUAUACAUUAAUUGCGGUAUUUGGAAUCAAAGAUCCACUUAGACCGGGUGUUAAAGAGGCGGUUGAAACCUGUUUAGCUGCUGGAAUUUCCGUCCACAUGGUUACUGGUGAUGAUAUCAGGAGAGCUGAAGUCAUCGCAAAGCAAUGUGGGAUACUCACUGAUGAGGGCUUAGCCAUAGAAGGUUCAGAUUUUCGAAUCAUUCCUAGAUUAAUUCAGGUAAUGGGUAGCUCAUCACCAACAGACAAACAUGAAUUCGUGAAGCAUUUGAAAGACAUGUCCGAAGUUGUUGCAGUUGCAGGCGAAGGCACGAUUCGUGCUCCUGCUUUGCAAGAGUCGGACAUCGGAUUUGCCAUGGGGAUAGCAGGAACAAAGGUCACGAAAGGACAAGCUGAUGUCAUUCUGAUGGAUGAUGAUUUCACAACAAUUGUGAAAGUAGCCAAAUGGGGACGUGCUGUAUAUGUUAAUGUUCAAAAGUUUGUACAGUUCCAGUUAACAGUGAAUAUCGUUGCUCUCAUGAUCAACUUAGUUUCCGCAUGCAUCACAGGGUCAGCACCACUUACAGCUGUCCAAUUGCUUUGGGUCAACCUGAUCAUGUGCACUUUGAGUGCACUAGCAUUGGCCACCGGGCCACCAAAUGAUGGUUUAAUGAAACGGCCUCCUGUUAAAGGUACUGAAAGUUUCAUCACCAAGACGAUGUGGCGGAAUAUCAUUAGUCAAAGUAUUUACCAAAUGGCUGUCCUGUUUGUUCUCAAUUUUUCCGGGAAGCCAAUCUUGAAUCUCCAUGGGCCGAAUGCGACUGUGAUCCUUAAUACUUUCAUUUUCAACACGUUUGUCUUCUGUCAGGUCUUCAAUGAUAUAAACAGCCGUGAAAUUGAUGAUAUAAAUGUUUUCCGAGGCAUGUUCAGCAGUUGGAUAUUCAUGUGUGUGAUGAUAUCGAUAGUUGUAUGUCAAGUAACCAUAGUUGAGUUUCUUGGGACUUUUGCAAGCACCGUGCCACUAGACUGGCAACUGUGGGUACUUAGCAUUGUGGUCGGCUUGGUGAGCAUGCCGAUUUCAGUUGUUUUGAAGUGCAUUUCUGCUGCCAAAGAACCAUAUCAUGAUGGCUAUGAGAUCCUCCCUGCUGGCCUAGAAAGUGUUUAAAGGAAACCUCAAGAGUAAAUGCUAUCUAGUCUUCCUUUCUUUCUUUUUCUUAAAAACUAUUACGAAUAUCUCCAAGAACACAAAAUAAAGCUUAUACAUGUAUAGUCAUUAGCUGUCAUCUCACUGUAUAUAUGCUGUCAUAUUAGUAUUAAUACUUUCCUGUAAUAGCUCCUCAAUUAGCUCCAUUG